AUGGAUCACCUUGAGUGGAGUGAAAGAUCAGAUCGUUCGCGGUUUCGAGUGCCUUUCGUGGUGGACCAAGAUGUGGACUUGGAAAGACUCGAUCCAGGCAAGCUUGUCGUUGGGAUUAAGAGGCUCCUCACGUCCGACAUAAUCUCUUUACCGCAACUGGCCAAGGAGGUUCAAACCUGGCUGUAUUUUGGCCUUUUGAAGUUGUGGCUACAGAACGAUUUCAGCACGGAAUGCUUUAUCGAGCACGGAGUUGUGCAUACCAGAAACCUCGAAAGGCUUUGCAAGUCGCAAAUAACGAAAGAAAACCUUACGGAGACUAAGGAUGGAGAAGCUGUAUUAACGGCGCAUGCGGCAACAGCUCUCGCCUUCUCUCACGCAGCUUCCAUUUGCUUCUCAGAUUACAUAGUCGCACAUAUUGCUCGACUUGAAGAAGAACAUGAAGGAGAGCCACUUAACCUAUGGAAUUCAGAGUCAUACGUGGUGUUGUUCACUGUCCCUGUUCUUCUGAGUUUUCUACGAGACAUACUUGGGCGGAUUAAGCAGGAGUCGGGACUCACGAUGCGUCUUUUUAGCGGCAGCAACGUGCUAAUGACGCAAGCUUCAGGCAUUUCUCGGACUUUGGUAGCAAUAGGUAGGUGUCCGAGUUUUAUUAGGAGACUUAAACCUACCAUCGCGGAGGUAUAUUCCCUUUUCUCAUUUCCUCCGAAUGGCCAUCACCCAUCUCAUAAACGUUGUUCGAUAGAUGAGUGUCGAGCGUACGACGUCAUUGAGUCGGAAUAUCAGACGAAACAUACAGAUGAUUGUGUGUCGUCGGACUGCGGCUUGAUGGGCUUCGAGGACGAACAGCUAUUCGCCAUCAUUGACCAAGGCUGCAUACCGUUGGUCUGCUCUACAUUGGAUGAGACCGGGAAUCUAAUCAUUCAACUUCGCGCUGGACAAUUGAACUCGCGCUACACUGCGGUAUCCCAUGUUUGGGCCGGUGGUUUAGGUAAUCUUGACAGGAACUUUUUGCCCCUGUGUCAGCUCCGACGCAUACAUUUUUCCAUAACGAGAGACGAAAGACCAUUGUGUACUCGAAAUUCAUUCCCGGAAGACGCUGGUUCUCUCCACAGACUCAAGAAAAGAAUUCAAAACCUGCGCAACGAUAUAUUUGCGCCGCCCGAGACAAAUUUCUGGCUUGAUACUUUGUGCGUGCCAGUGUAUCGCACAGAAUCUUCACCAAGUGUACGUCCGGAUGUAUCCGUGGAAAACAACGAAGAUUCGAUAGGGCGAGGCUCUCCUGGGAGCCUAGGUGAGCCUGUCGAAAGCGCAAGCACAACCUCACACAAAGUGACAACGUCUGCGUCCGAGUUACGGAAAUCUACAGAACCUCUAACUAGACCGGCACAGAUGCAUAAAUAUCGAAAUGAUUAUCGCAGGGCAGCGAUCAAUGCAAUGGCUCGCAUUUAUGCAGGAGCGGAACGGGUUCUGGUGCUUGAUCCUGAACUUGAGACAGAGAAAUCCGAGGACCUCAAGCCUUUCGAGAUGUCACUUGCUCUUGCUUGUUCCCCUUGGAUGACAAGAAGCUGGACCUUGCACGAGGGCGCUCUCGCAUUAAACCUCGAAUUCAAAUUCGCAUCUAGCUUUCAUCGGUAUUCGGAAUUCAGCACUUCUUCGUUCCUUUUCUUCUCUCCGCUCGAGAGUCUGUGGAAAGAAAUCUGCACAGACACCAAUCACCCAGAACGUCCCAUUCCUCUGCUUGAUUACUUUGGGCGAAAUAUCAGCGAUCCUUGGUCGCGAAGUAACGGCUCGAAAUUACACAACAAGUCAUUGGAAUCUUAUGACAUGGAACGCUUUGUUACCGUCUGGAAUGCCCUAACUGAGCGGCGCACGACUAGAGUGACUGAUGUUGCUCUAAUACUCGCCUCACUACUUAAUUUAAGCGCAGGGGAAGUCCUGACACUGGAUCCAGACCGACGAAUGAAAGCAAUAUUAAAGCAUCAUUCCAUCCUGCCAGCGUCGAUUUUGUUGCAGCCUACCACUUCGUCGGUCGGUAAACCAGAUUGGACACCAAAGUUUCCGAGUAUGGAUUCUUCAACGUUCCAAAUGCGGAUUCCCAGACAAUUCGAAACUCUUAAAGUCACCGCAGAUGGGUUGGUCUAUGAAAAUUUCAUCGAUGACGGAACUUGGAUGAUCCUACAAGACAUGCCAGAUGGUUGUCUUUCUUUCCACGUGGGAGGUCAUAGUGGAGUUCCCAGUCUCCAUAUAACCUUUUUCGAACCACCCACAGUCGGUCAAAACCAUGUGCCCGGACCGAUGCUUCUAUGGUUGUCUUCUACUACAGACUCCAAGAAGCGCCUCCUUGGACUUUCCUUUACUGUUGUCCGAGAGGACAUGGAUGCUUUUCAUGUCGCUGUGGGCGAUCUUCUCUGGUACGGACGUCUGCUCGGCGUUCCGGACUCCGAGCAUAGCCAGCACCAAGAAACCUGUGCUCUAGUACUUUCCAAACAUUCGGCUAGAGGAAAAAAAUCCUUAGUCAUUGAUUUGAGUAUGUUUCCGCAGCCUUUGCAAUAUGUCAACCUAACUCUUACAGACAUUCAAUCUUGGCCCGAUCUUCGGUGGUCUCGAACGAGGGCAUUUCCGUUUCUCCAAUUAGGUGCAGGCGGAGACGGCAUUUUAGAAUGUAUGAUUCUUAUUACCAUGGCUUCAUGGAUCUUGCCUCUUUUUCUGUCUCCUGGAAUAUACUGUGUGCUCCUCACGUUUUCCGAUCACAAGACUCAGGUGCGCGAAGCCCUGUUUUCACAGAAACCUCUAUUCAUUUUGCUGUACAAUGUGAUUAUUAUGGUGCGUAUCUUUCUACUAUAUAUGGAAACCUUGUAUUUCAGAAUAAUAGAGGCAAGGUGGAUGCAAGAGUCGUGGGCAACGAGCUUUUGGGAUCCACGAUUCUCGGUUCCUUCCAGUAAGUCUCGACAGCCGCUGGGGAAUUUUACCAAAUUGGCCGUUGAAAAUGCUUAUCCUCACUUCGCGCUUCGAGCGUGUGUUGGCUACGCAGGACUUGGGGCGCUGUUUGGUUUAGAAACCAUGUGCCAGAUUGGUCCUUCUGUUUGGGAAGUCUUCUUGGCAGGAGAUAUUUAUGAACUCUUUCUCUGGCAGAUGAGGUCGUUUGCUAAUUACCGUGAGGGGAUGGUUGUCAUGUAUGGUGUCGUCUGCUUUGGAUUUGCCCUAGAUUCGAUUGGACGAGUAUUUCUGUUCUCUCUCUACUUGUUCCAGUGGAAUGGCGCUCGCAAGCGAGCCAGACAGCGGAAACUUGCAGAGAUAUCAGUCGAACAUCAUAUCAUGCAAGCAGGGGCUUUUUUGACCUUUGGCUUCUGGAUGACGUGGACCAUUGGCGGGAUCAGUUGGACGGCCCUUGCAGUUGCUCGAGCAAGGCAAGAGUUGAUACAUAUUUGGGGUCUCGUCUCCUUUCUGGCUCUACUGGUCCAGACGCCUCUAGUCUACCAGAAAUUGGGGAUAGGCAAAGCGGUCCAGGAUUACUUGUGGGGAGACGACCUUAGUACUUGA